AUGAUUGAUCAAAACAAUCCUGAAAAUAUGUCCUAUGAAUAUCAAAUGGAAAAAACUCUACAAAAAUUACAUGAUGUUAUUCAAUUGAGACAACAAUUACUUCAUGAACGUGCUGUGUUAAAAUCACAACUUGAUAAAUUAUUACAACGAUCUGUCAAUGAUGUUGAUGCUACUACCAUUAUUGAUGAUCAUGAACAUGAUGGUGGUGUUGGUGAUGGUGAUGGUGACCGGGAUGUUGAUGAUGAUGAUGUUGAUGAUGUUGAUAUUGAUGGUCGUUGUAAUGAUUAUGUCAUUAGUAAUAAUAAUGAUGACGACGAGAAAAUACAUGUUAAUCAGGACAUUGAAGAUUCUAAAUCUAAAGAAGCUGUAAAACAAAUUCGUUCCAAAAUUAAAGAACUUGAAAGACGUUGUGCAUUACAAUUAUUAAGACAUGAAGAAAUCCUCCUGGAAAUUGAAGAUGUACGUAAACGUAGUUGUACCAAUCCCAGUAAUAAUUCCACAUGGAUAUCGACAGCGGCAACAUCAAAUUCACUGAAAAAUCAAUUCAACCAAUUAAAUGACAUGUAUGCAAUGACCACGGAACUAUCCUCCUCCUCGUCAUCAUGUUUAAUGGAUAUGACAAAUGCCAAACAUUUAUCGAAUUUAUCUGUCAACAAGUUGCAUAACAGUACUAGUACUAGUAAUAAUAAAGUGCAUGGUCGUUUAUUACAACAAUCAGGUCAACAGUUUCGAUUGAAAAGCAAACAAGAUUCAACGAAAUCGAAUGAUAUUGAUGCUAUGUUAAUAGAUCAAUCGAGUACAUUGAGUGCAGGAGAAUUAGGCAAACAAUGCACAAAUAAACAAGUGAAAGGUAGACUAUUUCGUAGUAAUACAGAAUUACAAAUAUCAGGUAAGAACAGUUUGGUUUUUUUUUCAUUGUGA